AUGCGGGCUGCUACCACGUUCCAUCGCGUGAUUCGACGAGCUACUGAGACAUCCAGAGGCACUGCUCGGUACUUGAGCGAUUCUGCAGCAGCAGCACUACCAGAAGGUCUUGAGGAGAUCUACAGCGUCCCAUCCACGCUAUCUUGGUCACUCAAGGAGCUUCACCAGGAAGGAGCUGUACUAAACGCCGCUGAUGUCGUGCUGACGGAGGAGAAGCUGCGGGAGCUGGCAGAGCUGUGCCAUCUGCAUCUGGACGAUGACAAGGUCCCGGGGCUGCUGAAGGACGUAGAAGCUAUCAUUCAGUGCACCAAGACCAUUCAGGCCAUGACGAUCAGCGACAAUAUUGAUGACGUGUACUCGACGAGCAAUUUUGAUGCUGACAUUGUGGCUCCCCUUAGGGACGACGUCGUCACAGCAGGAGAUUGUGCCGACAAGAUCUUAGCAAACGCUGCAGAAAGGUCUGGCUACUACUUCAAGGUUCCCAAAGUAAUGCGGGACUAA